AUGGCGACCCUAUCGGUAUACGGGUCAGAUUUCCUGACCACCACAAAGAAAAAGGCCAUUGAGGAUGCCAAGAAGAUGCAGGCAGUUGUUGCGGAAGAAUGCAAUAAAUCAGGAAAAGAAGCACCCCCAUAUCAGCUAGAGGAGCUCAUCGGCAAAGGCAGCUUUGGCCGCGUCUACAAAGCGACGGAUAACAAGUCCAGUGCUGUUGUGGCUGUCAAGAUUAUUGACAUUGAGGAGAGCGACAGGGAGAAUCCUAGGCUGGCAGACACGUAUAGCGAGUUUAUGAAGGAGACCAGUGCCCUCAAGUUACUCAGUAACAGCGGCGCAAAGAACAUCAAUCUCAUUCUCGAUGUACUGCCCGUUGGACAGUCCAUGUGGCUGAUCACCGAGUACUGUGCUGGCGGAAGCGUGGCUACUCUGAUGAAGCCUACCGCACCCGGGGGCUUGCAGGAGAAGUGGAUCAUUCCCAUCCUACGAGAAGUCGCAGAGGCCAUAUUCUGGGUACACAAAGAAGGAAUCAUCCACCGUGACAUCAAGUGCGCCAACGUACUUGUGACGGAGACGGGCGCCGUACAGCUCUGUGACUUUGGUGUGGCUGGUAUCGUGGAGACCAAAUUCGACAAACGGUCGACUUUUAUUGGGACGCCUCAUUGGAUGGCGCCAGAACUCUUUGAACCUACACCGUCUUACAGCACACCAGUUGAUAUAUGGGCGUUUGGAUCUAUGGUAUACGAGAUUGCAUCCGGACUUCCUCCCAACGUCAUGUCGGGGUUCAACAUCCCUCAGCUUGGCAAUUAUAUCAAGUCCCAUGCGCCUCGUCUAGAAGGAGACCAGUACUCGGACAACCUCAAGGACUUGGUAGCUUUCUGUCUGGUCGAAGACCCUGCAAAACGACCGACGAUUGAGCAAGUCCAACGGCACCCUUACAUAUUCAACACGAGCUCUGAAUACCCAACAGCAUCACUUUCCAACCUUGUUCGGGGUUAUAAGGUUUGGGAGGCACAGGGAGGUAUUCGAAAAUCGCUGUUUGCGCCCGUUGGUGCUCAAGGCCCAUCCGAUUAUGCCUCGACUGCUCUCUCCAAUGACGAGUGGAACUUUAGCACAACGGUUGACUUUGACCGGAUGGCCAUGGACAGCGAUGCUCAAGCCGUGUAUGAUGUUUAUGGGCAUAAUGUCGACUUUGACUUUGACGAAGAGCAGACCCGGCGCCCCAAGCCUAAAGGAAGGAGGCGGCCGCCUCCUCCUAAAUUACUAGCUCUCAAGGCACCUUUGGAAAAGCUGUUUGAUCCUAAUACGAUCUCCGGCUACAAUGAGAACUCGCGUGCCUAUUACGGUCUGGGUCCAACGUCCACAUCAGAGGCAACACCAGCACCGGAGCCACCAAAAGACUCGGAUCUCAACCUUCGGCAAUAUGAACCGAGCUCACAGGCGGCACUACGAGAGUCGCUCAUAGACUUGGAUGCGUCCUUUGAUGGAAACGACUUGUCUCAGUUCGUGGACAUGGAGACCAUCAAGGCUGGACCCCGUGGUUCGGUAGAUUACGCAGCUUUCAACCCGAACCCAGACUUUAGCAAACCGCCCCUCAGCGACCCGGCAGAUAUGCCCAUGAACAUCAACCGCCGUACGCAGGACUGGAAGUUUCCGUCAAUGGCUGCUCCGCCAGCUUCUGCUCAUCCGGAGAUGUCGCGCUUCCCGUGGAAUGAAGAGCGCUCCAACGACAGCCACAAUGACAACUUUGUUCGGCCACCCCUCAUACACCACCCUACAGACCCGCUAGGCUUCCAAUCGACGGGCUACGAUUCCAUGCCGCCCAAGCCUCCGGUCGACAACCGCGUUUCGGUAGGGAGCUUGAUCGAUCUCGAUGAAAGCUUACCUAUGCCAACAAACGAUUUCACCAAUCGGGAGUAUACGCGGCCAUCCACAGCCAACUCGGACGCUGCUUCUGUCAGUGGUUCAGAGAUAGGCGGCGCAAACCCGUUCGACCUCGAACGGCACGCUUCACUUUACCAGCCGCUGCCUGUUGUACGAUCAUCAUCGGUCCGCGAACCGUCCAUCUACGUGUCAGACGACAGCGACUACGCCCGUGUCGCUCAGGCGCCGUCAGAGGAGCAUUUCAUUGGGACCAACGGUCGUGGCACGCCCGACUAUGCUUCAUCCGUCAACGGUGGAGGCAGCAUAGGGAACGGUAGUAUCGGCGGCGGUAGCAUCGGCGGCGGAAGUAUCGGCAGCAGGACCAGCAGCCGCGCCCACUCCCGCGCGGACAGCUACAGCUACGCGACCGACGAUGACGUGGGAGGUUAUUCAGCUGGCGAGUACGCCGAGUCGGAAUACCUGGGCGGCAGCAUGGAUCCGAUGGCGAUGAGUGGCGAAGGGCGCAACCAUAUGAUGCACAUGCCUCAUGUUCCGGAGCCGCCGAGAGUCAGGGUGAUGCAGGGCAUGGCGAAUCGAGAGGAAGUGAGGGAUGAUGUGAUGAGGUUGUUGGCUAGCUUCUCGGAGCACUUGGGGUUUGCGAAUGCGCAUGUGAAUACGCUUCCGGUCAGGCAGGGGAGGAGGGGAAGUGAGGUAGACACGAGUGUCUGAGGGAGGUAGGGUCUUGUAAGGGGAUGUCAUUUGUCUCAGAACCACACUGAAGUAAUUGUUUAAUGUGUGUAUUUGGUGUGCUUAGAGAGGUCAGGGGUAUAUGGUGUAGCAUGGAUCUAGGGUCAGGUAUAGAUAAGCGGUAUCAUACAAACAAUUCACGAAUCACAAUAUGUGUUGGUC